GGCCCUCCUGACUCACACAGGCAGGCUGUGCCUUUUAGGUGACGGGGGACUGUGUAACAUGAGCCGGGGUGAAAACUGUGCGCUGGAUCCGGCUCCCAGUGCAGAUGCUGCUCGCCAAGGAGAAAGAGAGGAGGUGCAUGAUGGAUCCCGUCCCACUGCUGCUCAUCAUAGCCGCAUCUUUGCCACUGUGCCCGGCGGUCUACACCGGGCCGCUCCAACCGGAGAUCUCCAAUGGCACCUUCCACCACUUCUUUGUCCCGGACGGGGAUUACGAUGAGACUGAGGACCCGGAGGAGUGCCAGAUGCUGUUUAAAUUCUCGGAUGUGUAUCCAUGUGGGGCCUCUGAAGAGAGGGACUCGGUGGUGCGGGACGACUUCAUCAUCACCAAGCUGCAGGCGGAGGACGCGGCGCGGCUGCUGGAGGGCAUCGGCCGGACUGUGGCGCACGACCUGGACGGAGAGGACAGCUACGGCAAGUUCCUCCAGCGGGAGCUCUCCCAGAUCGCCGAGGCUUUCUCAAACGUGGACAAGUCUCUUCUGGAGCUGGAGGUGAAGUUUAAACAAAGUCAAGAGACGGAGCUGAGAGAGGAGCAGCAGCUGAACGGCUACGUGAUGAAGCAAGUGAGUGACAUCAGGGACGCAAUGAGGGGGACCACGGACAUCUCUGUGGGACUUAAAGAUAAACAGGAGCUGCUGUCUCUCAUCAUCCGCAGUCAUGGCACCAGACUGAGCCGCCUGAAGACAGAGUAUCUUAAUGUUGGCUCAUAGUGGGGUUGUGUGUGAGUGUGUGUGUGUGUGUGUGUGUGUGUGUGUGUGGAGAGAGAGAGAGAGAGAGAGAGAGAGAGAGAGAGAGAGAGAGUGGGGACCCUCCAGUUCAUAAACAACUGGAAAGUUCAUUGUGGCUUAUGGAUAUAGCUACUUCCUAAGUGAAUAUCUCUGACCUUUGGUUAUCCCCCAUUCCUUGGACAUGUGUCAUUAAAGGGAGCUCUAACAAAAACAUCCACACAUUCCUCUGAGUCAGGAGGGAAAAAGGAAAUGUGGACAGAAAAUAUGCCUGCAUGGAGCCCUCUGUGCCACCUCUGAGGAGAGUAUGAAAAUAAAAGCCCUCCAAGUGGAUUUAUCGGCCUUUUAAUCCAUAAAAUAUCAGCAUUUUUGUCUGUAUGGUUUAAAUUAUGUUGUUUAUACAGUUGUAGGUUAUUACUGAGCAAAUAAAUGCUUAAUAUUCAUCACAUAUCUUAAUUUUCCCUUUUAUUUUUUAGUAAGAUAACGAUUGUUUCAACAAAAGUUUUCUGCUGCAUACUUUACGCAUUAGUCCUGAGACGUACAGUACAGUGGUGUAAAAAGCCAUCUCCAUCCUUUGAAGCUUGAGGUUUCCAUAAACAGAGAAAGACCUUUGAAAUCUGAACGUUUGAUUUUCCUCCUCUGUCAUGUCUUUACGUCACCAUGUUUGUUGUUGGCACUACAAGUGGCAGACUUGACUGUCCCGUCAAGUGGCCGUGGUUAAUUGGCGUCUGAAGUCUGUCACUGCCUCCCACUUGCAUCUGGAAGCUAUCUACUCAAGUAUGAAAUAUGUUUGUCCGAAGGCAGCGACUGUCGACAUUAUCUACUAUUUUGUUUGUCACGAUCUAUAAAAUUUGUGGUUGAUAUAAAA